GUAGUGUGAGAGGCAACAGUAGUAGGAUUUAGCAUGCCUAAACAGCCGGAAUAAAUGGCGUCUUUUAAACGGAAAAUAUAUCAGCGUAUGCUGUUUUUUGCGGUAUUUCUUCCUAUUUCAGGUGUUUUAUGUUUUAGUGAGCUGUUUUUCAUCAAAGAGCCCCACGAUGUGACUGUAAUGAGGAAGGACCCCCUGAUAUUAGAUUGCCAAGCGCACGGCGAGGCCCCCAUUGCUGUGAGGUGGCUGAAGAAUGGAGUAAAAGUUGUGGAGAGUGAACGCGUCUAUCCUCUCGCCAAUGGAUCUCUUUAUAUUGCGGAGGUGGAAAGCAGGAGAGGGGACAAAUCGGACGAUGGGUUUUACCAGUGUCUUGCUCAGAACAAAUACGGAGCCAUCCUGAGUCAGAAAGCUCGCCUUACUAUUGCAAGUAUAUCUACCUUUGAGAUUCAGCCAGUGUCGACAAUGGUAGCUGAAGGCUCGGUGGCCCGAUUUGCCUGCAAGAUAAAUGCAAGUCCUCAGCCAAUCAUCACAUGGGAGUUCAACCGGACCACUUUACCUCUUGCAACAGAAAGGAUUACUGUGCUUCCAAAUGGAGUCCUGCAGAUCCAGGGUGUAGAGCAAGGGGAUGCCGGGAAUUAUCGUUGUGUAGCUACAAACAUUGCAAACCGCCGGAGAAGCGCAGAGGCAACACUGACUAUUACCUCAGUUUCAGGCCCCCGACCACUGCAAAGACCAAAAAUUAUCGCAGGACCUCAGAACAUUACAACAUCUCUACAUCAGAGCGCUAUCCUGGAGUGUGUGGCCACUGGAAAUCCAAAGCCCAUUAUUUCUUGGAGUCGCCUAGACCACAAGUCCAUCGACGUGUUUAACACCCGCGUGCUGGGAAACGGCAACCUCAUCAUCUCAGACGUCAAACUGCAGCACUCUGGGGUUUAUGUGUGUAGGGCCACCACCCCUGGCACACGCAACUUCACUGUGGCCAUGGCAACGCUCACUGUACUGGCUCCCCCCUCCUUUGUGGAGUGGCCCGAGAGUCUGACCAGGCCGAGGGCGGGCACGGCACGGUUCGUCUGCCAGGCAGAGGGCAUCCCCUCGCCCAGGAUCACCUGGCUGAAGAAUGGAGACAAGGUGCACUCCAACGGCAGAAUCAAGAUGUACAACAGCAAACUGGUCAUAAACCAGAUCAUCCCCGAGGACGACGCCAUUUACCAGUGCGUGGCCGAGAACGACCAAGGCUCCGUGCUGGCGAUGGCCAGGCUGAUCGUGGUGAUGUCGGAGGACAGGCCCAGCGCGCCCAGGAACAUCCGCGCGGAGACCGUGUCCAGCUCCGCCAUCCUGCUGGCCUGGGACCGGCCCUUCUACAACUCGGACAAAGUCAUCGCCUACUCUGUGCACUACAUGAAAGCGGAAGGUUUAAACAAUGAAGAAUAUCAAGUGGUCAUUGGAAACGACACGACCCGGUACAUUAUUGAUGACCUGGAGCCAGCUCGCAAUUAUACCUUUUACAUCGUGGCCUACAUGCCCAUGGGAGCCAGCCGCAUGUCAGACCAUGUUAUCCAGCACACCUUGGAAGAUGUCCCGCUGCGUGCCCCAGAGGUCAGCCUGACGAGCCGCAGCCCCACGGACAUCCUGGUGUCCUGGCAGCCCCUACCUGCCAAACUAAGCCGCGGGCGCAUCGAGUCGUACCGCCUGUCUUACCGCACCAGUACGGAGAGCACGGUCACCUCUCUGGAGGUCCCAGGGCACCGGACCCAGCACCUCCUGCAAGCCCUGGAGCCCGACACCAUCUACCUGCUGCGCAUUGCCGCAGCGACCCGCGUGGGCUGGGGGGAGCAGUCUGUCUGGACCUCACACAGAACCCCCAAAGCCUCCAGUGCUAAAGUGCCCUUGGCUCCAGAAAUCAGCCUGGAGCCGUUAAACUGCACCACCAUCGUGGUGAGGUGGCAGCCCUCCCCAGUCAACGCAGCUAGCAUCCAGGGCUACAGGCUGUUCUACCGGGAGGAGAGCCAGCCCGAGAGCGCCCCCAUCCAGCUGCGAGCCCAGGAGCUGCGCCACACCAUUGGAGGACUCGAUCCAAGGAGGAAAUACCACGUCAAGCUUCUGGCCUACAGUUACAUGGGAGAAGGUUAUCAGGCAGACCAGACAGUCAGCACCCCUGGCUGUGUGUCGGUUCGGGAUCGCAUGGUGCCUCCUCCUCCACCUCCUCACCACCUGUACGUGAAGGCCAACAGCUCUUCCUCGGUGUACCUGCACUGGGGCCGCCCCGCCUUCACCUCCGGCCAGACGGUGAAUUACACCAUCCGCUGCAACCCCGUGGGCCUGCAGAACGCCUCCCUGGUGCUCUACCUGCAGACUUCUGAGCAGCACAUGCUUGUGCAGGACCUUCAGCCCAACACCAGAUACGAGUUUGCAGUCCGCCUCCACGUGGACCAGCUCUCGAGCCCGUGGAGUCCUGUGGUCUACCAGAGUACAAUGCCAGAAGCUCCGACUAGACCUCCGACAGGAGUGAAGGUGACUCUCAUAGAGGAUGACACAGCCCUGGUGUCCUGGAAGCAACCAGAGGAGCCCAAUGUUGUCGUGACACGCUACACAGUCCUCUAUGCUUCCAGGAAGGCAUGGAUUGCUGGAGAGUGGCAGGUGCUUCAGAGAGAAGGGAGCAUCACCAUGGCAUUGCUGGAGGACCUUCUUCCGGGGAAUGUCUACCUCAUUAAGAUAUCGGCAUCAAAUGAGGUGGGAGACGGCCCCUUCUCCAACCUGGUGGAGUUGGCCGUUCUGCCAGAAGGGUCUCAGUCCAGUCAAAAUUCCAGGCAUUCUGAUGGCACAGCUGAGGCUAAAGCUUACUCCAAUGGCUUUUACCAUCUGGACCAGAAGUCGAUGACGGGGAUCAUUGUUGGAGUUUGCAUUGCCUUUACUUGUAUCAUCAUCUGUGUUCUCAUCUUGAUCUGUCGGGGCAGAGCCAGGAAAUUAUAUACUACAAAGAUCAUCCAGCAAGGAAAUGGCCAGCUUAAUCAUGCUGCUACCCCUCGGAGGAAUGAAAGCCAAGCAGAAAAUGCAGAGUCUCUGAUGCCAAUGAUGGGCAAUAACUUCAUUGACACAAAGGGUGGAACAGACCUCAUUAUAAACAGCUUUGGGCCAGUAAAACCCACCAUUACAAAGAAGAAGAAAUGGCUGUUCUUCAGCAGUGAAGAUAAGCUAAAGCUCAAGAAAAGCGAGGCUCAGAGGAGAAGCCACACUACUUGCUCAUACCAAAAAGGGACAACAGUGCUGACCUACGAAGAGGAGAGCCCCUCCGGCCAAAACCAGCCUGCCUCACUCCAGGCCUUGUUUGGUCCGGCUGGCGACACUGAGCAUUCCCAGAACAGCGAGGGCAGCCACGAAACGGGGGACUCGGGAAGAUAUUCCCACGACGAGAUGGAAAUGACCAACCUGUCUUCGGGCCACAACACACGGCCUCCAUCCCAAGAGCUUUUCCUGGUCCAGGAGGAGGAAGGACCUUCUCUCGAGAAGCCCACCUCGGGGCGGCCCCUACUCCUGUCGGAAGGGGCACCUGGUGACGUCUCUGCAGCGCCUCAAGACUCCAUGGCAACUGUUUCAUCUGUGUUUCCCCUCUGACAGCCCCACCCACCCCGUCUCCUCUGUUCUAAAAGACAAUGAGCAGGAAAGCCAAAAAGAUUGUUGGAUCCCGAGCUCAGGUUCUGGGUAUUCAAGCGUCUUUUACUUUUGAUGAAUGUGUUUCCUUUUAUGUUUUCUUUUAUUAUUAUUUUUGGAAAAAAAAAUCUCACCCACCAUGAAUGUUUCAAAAAGAUUGUCGAAAAUGUGAAAAAUGACUGCUACAUUUCUGACUUUAUUUAAAAGAGUAUAUCACUGGAGCAAAAGGGAUCUUAAACUCCUUUCUGCUGUAUAUCUACCUCAGUUUACCACGUGGUGAACUCACACUAUAUAUUUAAUAACUACUUCUUACCUGCGUUACAUAACAGAUGUCCUAGGUUAUGUAACGAUUGAUACUUCCUGAUAGCAAUAGUUUGUUUUUGCUAUAAGUGUUGCAUUGUUUGUCUUUUGUUUUGUUUUGAAGUAAGGGAUUGUAAGGGUGCAUUAUUUGCUCAAAGCUUAGGUUUUCUAGCCAUUUUAAGGGACCUGAGUUUUUUUUUUUAAUAGACUCUUUGCACAGCUUUUGAAACUCUAGAAAAAGGGUUGUUAUAAUGCUUUAUGCUUAGUGGGAAUCUUCGUCCACAUGGCCUUUUCACGGAGAGCUGGUGCAUUGCUUGUUAGGUUUUAUUAUUUGGUUUAGAACAAAGUAAUUUGCCACAUAUUCCAUUUUCUCCAUCUGUGCAUCAGUAUCAGCUGACAAAAAUUCCCUGAUAUUUCAUAUAAUUUCAGCUGGAGUAUGUAGUUUUACUAGCACACUUGCUACUUGGUAUUCUGAGUGCAUCUCUUGGCUGUCACUAGUGUAGACGAGAUUUAUCUCAUUAGGUGGUGGUGCUGCAUAUAUAUCUUUCAGCAAUUAUUUCAUUGAAUGCCAUCUCUGUCAGUUGUUUAUAGUGUCUGAAAACCAUGCAUCCUUGUUCAGGAGUUGGUGGUACAGUAUGAUUACUGGAACUGAUCAUACUUGCUUGGAAAAUGACCAGUGAAUGAGAACCCAUUCCUGACUUUCCAUAAUACUUAUAAGAUGUAUUUAGAAAUUGCCGCAAAAUGGAUCAGCUGGCACUGGUUUAGAUGCACUCCAGCUGUCAUACGUUUUUCAAAGAUAUUCUUAUUGCAUGAAUGUUCAAAAUAUCACUUCUUCUUUAUCAGCAGUGAAAGGUUCCAAAAUGACAGGAGGCCAUCAGGUCUAUUUCACUUGUAGCAAGGUAGCAAGGAGAUAAUUGAUCUCAUCCAGCCAGUGAAAAGAAACGCAUGUAUUGCUGAAAUAAAUAGUGGCUGAGAACAGUCUAAUGUGUGAAACCAAAUGUAAUGGUAUCUGCUGCACAUUUCUGAUAGAAGACUAGACUGGAAUAGCUCUGAUUGCCAGGAUUGGCUUCAGCUCCCUCACAACUCUGUAUUGGAACAGUUUGAAAAUGAAUGAAUGCUUUACAAUUGCAAAACAUCAGACAUCGAUAUGUAAGGGAUGUGGCUCUGAUGUUUGAUCAGCUAACACAACUCUGUUCUUGGGAGUUUAACUGGGUGCACAACACCACUACAGGCUGUUUGACCUUUAGAGAGGUUCCACUGGGCUGAAACACAGCUCAUUCUUAUGCCGACACAUUUUUGACAGUAAGUGGAUUAGCAUUAGGAAAUUGGCCUUGUGAGUAAUAAAAUAUCUUAAUGUGCAGCCGUUAUUAUCGCAUGCAUUGUGGCAUAUAUACUUUAUAGUUGUACAUUAUAUCCUAUAUUCAUAAUUUUCACAAAUCUUUGAUAUUCAUUUGAUAUCUCGAAACAAAGAAAACCUAAGCUUUAGUAAAUCUACUUUUGUUGUUCAUUUUAAAUAAGCUUUUUGUAUUGUGAAGUGUUGCCCUUACAAUCUGUUUUAUACUACCUCCUGUAUGUGUUAUGUAGUGUUAUUUUGUUAUUUUUCCUAAGCUCAGGGAACAAUGUUUAUUACAUUUGUAAUGCCAUGUAUGAUGUUGUAUUACAUGGUUAACUGACAGGGUAUCUUCUUAGAACUGCUUAUAAUAGCAACUAGUUGCUGUAGAUCUGUAAGAACAUUUCAGUAGAAUCAUGUGCCAAUAAUGGUUCACAGCUUAGAAAUGCCAAUGUGAUGUGACACUAACAAAUCAGCUUAAAUUUCUUUUCACCUACAGAGAUAUGGCCUUUAUCAGAUUGAUCUGUGUCUCUUGUUUUAUAGCAGGUUUUUAUUCGUUAAAUAUAUUUUAAUAGAGUAGUUACUAACAAAAAAAAUGCUGUACUGAAUACAGCAAAUCUUAAAAGCUUUAAAAAUGGCCUUAAAGUGAGAAGGGUCUUUCAGAUAAUAAGAAACAGAAUAAGGCUCCAGAACCACCUUGAGGAGGAGGAUUUGACCCUCUGACACAAAGGGAUAGUGAGAGUGUGAAGAAAUAAGUGCUGAAAACCAAAAAUCGAGCAAAGCAAAAAAUUAUGUAUACACCAAAAAACCUUUUAGCUCCAAAGAUAUAUUUUUGUUGGCUUAUAAGUGCUACUGAGUACUCAUUCUAAUUAUCUCUGUUUCUUAAAGUAGGUAAUGCUUAUUUCAAGAAUAGAAGCAUAGUUUUAUCAGUCUGGCGCUUGUCUUUCAGAUUAGUGUCACCUUCCAGUUUUAGAUUAUAGCUAAUAUGCAAUGGUGACAAAUGCUACUAUCCAAAGAAUUGUUUGCUUCCUCGGCUGUUUCUUUCUUUUAGCUUUUCCAUGGAACAUUAUGAUGAGGAAUCAUCAUGCCAAGCCAAAGAUCAAAUAACGAUUCCCAUGGAUCAGCUAAGAUGCUGCUUUUAGUAAAAUAUGACGCCUUGCACGUAACUGUGCCCUCAUUGUGUUACCAAAUGUGUGGAGAUGCGGGUAAUCUCUCAAUGCUCUGGGAAUGUUGGGUGCUUUUAUUAUUUUUUAAUAAAUAACAGAGCAAUAAUAAUAAUUUCAUGUACAUGAUCAAUUUCCACAUAGUACAAAAAUCAGUUUUCUCUGAAAACCCAAGUGUUAUAACAAGAUGGUGGGCUUAUUAUAGGUGGCAUAUUAGAUACAGAGAUAUAUUAUUCCUCUGUCUGUGUUAUGGCAUUGGUAGUUCUCAGAGUUAAUUGACUAAUUAAAGGGUACAUUAUUGCGUGAAAAGUGACACAAUCAGUUAUUCUUUAUUUGCAAAAGCAAACAAUGUAAACCAAAGAUUUCCUUCUGUUACCUCUGCAUAUUGGCUGUGUAGUUCCAUAGGCCUGCAUGAUGUUUUUGUCAUUUAAAAUGUUUAAAUGUUUUUUUAUUAUUAAUGUUUCAAUUCCAACUAUAUAUGUGGGUGUCUCCAAGAGUACAAACCAAGAUGACAGUGGUGCACCACUUGCGCUUUAGUUUAAAAAACAAUUGAGCAAAAAAAAUUGAUUGAUUUUUUUUUUUUAGAACAGUGUUGGUGGUCCUGUUUAUUUCUGCCUAAAUGAAAUGCUUGUAUUAUCAUAUGUUUUGCUUAGCGCUCUGAUGUGCACUGACUGCCUUUUGGUUUUUGCCCGGAGAUGCCUGAAGUGUGUAAAAUAUUUGAAAAAAGUUUGAGUAAAACUUCUGGAAAUGUUGUAGAUGAGCAUUAAUCUGGAAAGCUGUGUUGAACUGUCAGUGUUGGCAUUUUAUAUUAUUUCUUUUGUUUCUUUUUGUUUAAUGAGCCAGUGUAAUGUUAAUGCAUAAAUGGUAACUACCAAUUCCCACUAUACGUGAUGAGAUGCCAGUUUGCUUACUGUGUUGCAAAAAAUGGCUGGGUUCAGAAACAGCAAACCAGUUUCCUAUAUUGGGUUUCUUUGAUUCAUUUUUAAUGCUCCUCAUAUUCCUUACCAUGCCUGUGAUUGUAUAGACAUUCUUAUAAUUUCUACUCUUAACAAAGGCUGGAAUGUGCAAGUAUGUUCAGCACUCUUUUCUGAAUGUUCAUAUUUUGAUCAAAAGCUUUCUCUGGGUUUUCCCAGGUCUCAAUUUACCAUAACGAUGGCUCACGAAAAUGUGUUAAAACCUGGCUGUUGUGACAAGAGUCUCUUUGGAAGAUCAAGCUCUGUUUAGGUCACAUGUUCAUCAUCAGGUAAACAAAUAGUGCAAAUGAUAAAUCCGGCUCACAUUAUCAUGCCUGAGCAGGAUGUGCUGUUUAAGUUUCAGAUCGGAAGUGCAUGACUGUCCUAUCAGCCAUCUGUCCAGUAACAUUCUCAUUGUUUACCUUUAGUGCUCAUUCCAGCCUUUGAUCUAAAGAGAACAGAACCACCAUUGAAUGAAAACAUUGCAAGUGGUCAGUGUUAAGUGAGAGACAGUGGUAUCUCAUCCUUUGUCAUUUAAUUUUCCUUUGUUUUGGAUCGCUGAUAUUUUUUUCUGGACAUACAGUAUAAAAGGGAUGAAGUUGAAGAGCCAGUCUGGUAUGAAAGAAAUCUCAGGUGUCCUGGGUCUUCGAAACUUCAGCUGCCGUGUUUAUUGGUAAAGGCAAUGUUGGCUCUUUCAGCAGUGGUAGGUGGACCUGGAUUAUAUCAAAUUUUACUCAGGGGAAUCUGCUCCAUAUUUCCAUUGCUGAGUGACAGGCAACAUGUGCUUUGAAUUGUGAAUGUACCUCUUGUAAUUAUAUUUUUGUUUUAAUUUUAUAUUUUGUUUCUUUUAUUAUUUUCUUUGCCUGGAGAACAGGCCUGCUUUAUCUAUUCUACAACAAAGUUCAUGCCAAAAAUAUAAUACUAGUAUACAAGCCAAAUGUUUUAACUCUUAAUAAAAGUCAAAAUUAUGGAUUGCACAGUUUAAAUAAAAGUUUUCAUGAA